AUGGAAUUGUUAGUACUAGUUGUAAUUUCCCAGUCGUUCAACCACGAGCCGAAGGAAGAUGUUCCUGACACUAACGCCUUAGAAAUAUGCGCAGAGCGGGCGGUGGAGCUGGUUCUAUUCGGGUUCGGUAUCCCGCAGCCUGAGCUGAGAGCCGCACUGCGACACCACACCCCCGCACCCCCGCACCCCACGCACACCACGCACACCAUAACACACACCGUACACAAGUUG